AUGAAUACCAAUUAUCCGAUCGUAACUGAAAAAACUCAAGAAGAAUUAAAAAGGGAUGCAAAAAUUCGAGAACUUUGGAUGAAAAAUAUUUGUGAUCAUGAUAAACACGCAAAAUUCAACACUAAAGAAAUUUUUGAUUUUAUUAUCGUGGGAGCUGGUACUGCGGGAUGUGUGCUUGCCAGAGAAUUGAUUCAUGGCAUUCCGAAUAUUAAUAUUCUAGUAUUGGAAGCUGGAGGGCCUGAUGUUCAUUCCAAUGGUUUAAUUAGUUUGCCAUGUACUUGGACUAAGGCGGCCUUGGAACUGAAUGACCAUGAUUGGGGAUAUGCUACUCAGGAACAAAAAGUGCAAAGCUGUUUAAAUCCUACUAAAGAAAUAAUGAGAAAUAAGAUUCCUUAUCCACGUGGAAGGGUUUGGGGAGGAUGUAGCUCUUUGAAUGCAAUGAUUUACUUGCGAGGUCAGUCGAAAGAGUACAAUGAUUGGGCAGCUCAAGGUCCUGAAUACAAAAUUUGGGAUUGGGAACAUUGUUUGGAAGCGUUCAAAGCAAUGGAAAAUAAUGCACGAGAAAACCCGGAUGAGAAAUUUAAACAAUUACAUGGAUUUAAUGGUUUAUUUCAUGUGCAAGAUUGUCAAAAUGGGAUCUACGAUGUUAUGUCAGGUGUGAUUGAUGCUGCGAAAAACCUUGGAAUUCCUUAUAAUGAUGAUUUCAACGGUGAAAGACAAAAUGGAGUUGGAUCAUUCCAGUUUACAAACCAAGAAGGAAAAAGAUGUUCUUUGGCUGAAAGCUAUCUAAAAGAUGCGUUAAAAAAAGUCGAAUUACAUUCAGAUUCAGGACCAUAUGAAUUUGGGAAAGUUGUUGCCGUAGAUAUUAGAUCAUAUUCUCACGUACUAGAGGUUAUUUGGGACGAAGAGAAUGAAAAAGAAAACAUUGCGAUCGGUAUAAGAUACUUUUGCAAUGGUACAGUGCGUGAGGCUUUUAUUGCACCAAAAGGUGAAGUUAUUCUUUGUGGUGGAGCUAUUAAUAGCCCUCAG